CUCAGUGUCCACGUAGCGCUUCAACGUCUGACGAGCGCAGUUUUUCGUACGUCAAACAACACUUUACAAAACGUUCUCCGAUCGUAAGCAACUUUUGUGAGCAUAAUGGAUCAAGUAAAGAAAUUGACAGAACCUGGACGCCAAUUUGCAAAAGACAGUAUUCGUCUUAUUAAAAGAUGUACAAAACCUGACAGAAAAGAAUUCCAGAAAAUUGCCAUUGCCACAGCUAUUGGUUUCUGUAUAAUGGGUUUCAUAGGAUUCUUUGUUAAAUUAAUUCAUAUUCCAAUUAAUAAUAUCAUUGUGGGUUCUUAAGAUCAUGUUAAAUAGGUAUAAUUGAAAUUUAAUAAGGUUAUUUCCAUUGUUUUCCAUCAAUGCGUCUUUAUUUAUAAGAUAAAAUUAUGUAUUUUAUUUUGAAUCGAUUGUGAUUGAGGUAUGUGAAUGUGUGUGAGUAAUAUAAAUAAUGAAUUUUAUAAUAAAAUGUGUGUCUAAGUAUUUCUGUUGGGUUCUUUCAUUUCAUGUCUUAUGAAUUAAUUUCAACCAAGAACAACAAAUAAAUAUUAGUAUCGAAGGCACUUUUAUUUAAAGAAUAAAAUUUUCCCUUAGGUUACAACGAUAAAAUUUUGUCAGCCAUUUUUCUAGUCAUUUGAUUCAAUGCAUCUCUCCUAGGGAAAAAUAGCUGUCGCAUGGAAAUCCAUGGCCAGGUACUCAGUAAUAAAAGACAAUAGUACAAUUUUGUUACAAUUAAUAAAAUCUUAUAUACUGUUUGCUAUUUUGUUAUUAAAGUUAUUUUGCUCUUAUUUUCUAGAAAGACUUUUUAAUACAUUUUACUAAUAAGAUAAUGAACUUAGAGCCCGAUACCAUAAAUGACUGUAUCUGGGAUUUUAAUAAUGGCAGUAUAUAUUGGAUAGCAAACGUAAUUAUAUCAAACUACACUCUAUAUUUAAAAAAGAAUAGUAAAUUUUGUUGAUGAUUUUUAACAGAACGUGUAUUUCCUAGAACACGAUCAGAAUUUUUAUAAAAAAGAAAAAAUGCAAUACUUCCAAAACAGUCUGCAAAUUGUCCACAAAAAGAAAAAUAAUCAAAUAGUGAUUGCUUAAUAUAACUGCGUGUGAUAAAUCCAAUACUUAAAGAUUGUUUAGUACGUCGAUAAUAUUAAUAAUAAUUUCACCGUGUUCGGAUUUUCUUCUCAAUAUGUCAACAAUAGAAAAAGAUUCGUAUAUAAAUAUAAACUCUUGAUAGGUCUGAUACUUUCUGAACUUUACAUUAGCAAAUAGACAUCGAUAAUAUAUUUAUACACUUAACGUGUGUAUUAAACUAUUAAAUACUCUCUUCAGGCAACUUAAUAAAAUUUAUAUAAAAAGCAAAUAUAUAUAUAUGUAGCACCACACGUGUGCAAUUGUCACGUGUUGACAUUCGUUCUACGCAUUAAAAAAAAACAUCCCUAUUAAUGCUCGUAGAUGCUUAAUCUCGUGAAGAAUAAGAGGAAGACUUUGUCUCACUUCACGUUUCACGAAGUGCAAGAAAAAUCUUCUCCUUCAUUAGAUGAACUGGCGGUAACAUUCCGAAGAUGAAAAGCAUUUUUAGUCCGUGGACUAUUUAGGCGAGUCGCGUUUGGCUAAGUAUUAAACUAGCUUCCAUAAAUUGCAAAAACGCUUAAGCGUAGCCCAAAGUGCGUUUGCCGAAUUUUCACAAUCGAUAAUUUUGUAGCACAACUUGUUCCGAUCGACUAAUAGUUCUGUAGAUUCUUUGGCAUUUCUCUGUGUAUCAAAUGUACAAAAAUUGAUGAAAUCACGCACUUAGAGUUAUACGGAUUAAAUUUGAAAGUAAUUCCUGAUACUUGUUUAGCGCAAACGCACCUGGGGAGGG